CCUUCUGUUUCCGGUUGUGGGAGGAGAGCAGCGGUGUGAUUUUUUUCUCAACUCUCCAAGUCUUUAAAUUGUCAAAAUGCAGGACCCCAACGAAGACACCGAGUGGAACGAUAUCCUGAGGAAAAAAGGCAUCCUUCCCCCCAAAGAGAUCCCAAAAGACGAUGAAGAGGAGGAGCUGGCUCUCCAACAACAGUCUGUCGUGAAAACAUACGAGAGCAUGAUGCUGGAUGAGCUGGAGGAGAACGAGGAUGAGUUUGGUGAGGACGACGAGGCUGCCAUCGAGAUGUACAGACAGAAGCGUCUGGCCGAGUGGAAAGCCACGCAGAUGAAGAACGUGUUCGGCGAGGUCGGGGAGAUCUCUGGACAGGACUACGUCAAAGAGGUCAACCAAGCCGGGGAGGGCAUCUGGGUGGUGCUGCACCUCUACAAGCAGGGCAUCCCUCUCUGCAGCCUCAUCAACCAACACCUCAGCUCGCUGGCCAGGAAGUUCCCCCAGACCAAGUUCCUCAAGUCCAUCUCCACCACCUGCAUCCCCAACUACCCCGACCGCAACCUGCCCACCGUCUUCGUCUACUUCCAGGGGGAGAUGAAGGCGCAGUUCAUCGGCCCGCUGGUGUUCGGAGGCAUGAACCUCAAAGUUGAAGAGCUGGAGUGGAGGUUAUCAGAAAGCGGAGCGGUGAAGACGGACCUGGAGGAAAACCCCAGGAAGCAGAUCGAGGACAAACUGAUGUCGUCCAUCAGGAGUUCUCUUCCCACACGGAGAGGCAGCGACUCGGACGACGAGGACGACUAAAGAAAGGACUCAAACUGAACCGUGACGCAGACGCUACAUCCGGAACGCUCCGUCAGGAGAGGAGAGUGUUUUCUGACCACGGAGGAGGCGCUGCUCCUGCUCAGAGGCUGCCGGGCAGCCUCCAGGCGUCAGGGAAUCAAACCCACAGCCUCGUCUCGGCCGCUUCUCUUCUGCUCUCACGUGUAAAAGUGACGUGAACAAACAUCCACACUUUGACUACAACUGUAUUUAAAACACCUCCAACGUAAAAACCACACCAUCAGUUUUUUAUCGUUCUGUUCGACAAUAAUUAAAAGACAAAAUGUACAUUUUCAUGUUUUCUGUUGGAUUAAAUGAGUUCAGCUCUUUGCAUCUGA